ACCUGUUUCGCCGCCUUCCUUCCAUUUCCUUUCAUUUCUUCCAUUACAAAGAAGAAAACAUGGCCGAGGUGGUGGGAGGAGCGCUUCUCUCUGUUGUCUUGGAUGCUUUAUUCCAAAAAAUGAAUCGGGAGGUGCUUGACUUCUUUCGGAGAAGAAAACUCGACGACGGGUCCUUAAGAAAGCUAAAGAUAGCAUUGGAGUCUGUGAAUGCGGUGGUCGAGGACGCAGAGGAGAAGGAACUCACAAACCCUGCUGUGAAAAAGUGGCUUGAUGAGCUGAAAGAUGCUGUUUUUGAUGCACAAGACAUCUUGGAUGAGAUUGAUACAGAAAUCCAGAUACGCAAGUUGCGUGCUGAGUUUCAGUCAACUCCAAGGAAGGUACGAUACAUUGUCUCUACUUUUCUUAAUCCUUUUUUCAAGCAGAUACAGCGGAAGAUGGAAGAGGUAUUCGACCGACUAGAAUAUCUAGCAAAAAAUAAUAAUUUCUUAGGUCUAAGGGUAGGUGUUGGAGGAGGAGAAUCAUCAGAAAGAUUGCCCACGACUUCUUUGGUUGCUGAAGCUGGUAUAUUUGGUAGGGAUAAUGAUAAGGAGGAAAUAAUUAACUUGUUGCUCUCGCACGAUGCAAGCGGAGGUGAGAUGUGUGUGAUUGGCAUAGUGGGUAUGGCGGGAAUUGGCAAGACCACCCUUGCUCAGCUCAUAUACAACGAUCGGAGGGUGAGGGAGCAUUUCGACCUUGAAGCAUGGGUAUAUGUUUCACACGAGUUUGACGUGUUCAGCGUAACAAAAACAAUUCUAGAGGCAGUAACUUCGUCAACUUGUGAUAUAAAGGAUCUGAAUCGGCUUCAAGUUACACUCAAGGAGAAGUUGAUGGGGAAAAAAUUCCUGCUUGUUUUAGACGAUGUAUGGAAUAAGAAUUAUAUUGAUUGGGAGAUCUUAAGCAAACCCUUCAAAUUUGGGGAACAAGGAAGCAGUGUGAUUGUAACCACACGUGAUAAUGAUGUCGCAUCUGCUGUACGCUCUAGUGGGACUCAUUGUUUGAAAAGGCUGUCAGAAGAUGAUUGCUGGUCGGUAUUUGCAAACCAUGCACUCCACAAUGGUAAGUUGCACUACAUUAAAAAGCUUUCAGGGGUAGUUUGGUAA